AUGUUUUUGAAAAAACAUGGAUCUAUUGAUGCCUGGUGUCAAAUUGCCCAUCCUAAUUUUAUCAAAGAAGUUCCAGAAGUAUCAAGUCUUUUUAUAAAAUCCAAAUCAUCUACCGAGUAUUUAGAAAAAGGACUCACACCAGAACAAACAAUUGAAUUAAUGGAUAAAGCCGGAGUGGAAAAAUUAUGUUUAAAUGCUUGGUAUAGACCUGGAAAAGUAAUAAUUUCUAAUGAUAUUAUAAGUGAAUGGAUAGAAAAAUAUCCAAAUAGGUUUAUCGGAAUUGCAGGAGUUAAUUUACUUGAUCCUUUUAAUGCAGUUAAAGAAUUGGAAAGAGCAGUUAAUGUACUUGGUUUUAAAGGUCUUCGAGUAAUUCCUUGGCUUUAUAAUAUUCCACCAAAUGAUAAACAUUAUUAUCCACUUUAUGUAAAAUGUAUUGAAUUAGAUAUUCCAUUUUUUACCCAAGUAGGACAUACAGGUCCAUUAUGUCCAUCUGAAACAGGAAGGCCAAUUCCUUAUAUUGAUGAAAUCGCACUUACAUUUCCACAAUUAAAAAUUGUUGGAGGGCAUAUUGGUUAUCCAUGGACAAAUGAAAUGAUUAGUGUUAGUUGGAAGCAUCCUAAUGUGUACAUUGAUACUUCAGCAUACCUUCCUCGUUAUUAUCCACAAGAACUUAUUCAUUAUAUGAAUACAUAUGGUCAAGAUAAAGUUUGUUAUGGUACAAAUUUUCCUCAACUUAAUUGGAAAGAUACAAUGGAACAAGUAGAUGAAUUAGGUUUAAGUGAUAAAGUUAAGGAAAAAUUUUUAUAUAAAAAUAUGGCAAAACUGCUCAAAUUAGAAAACAAGGCAAAAUUAUAA